GUGAUUCCUUUGUGGAGGAGGCGGCCGUGUGAGGGAAGGAAGGAAGGGACGAGGAAGGAGGAGCCCCUCAGCCCGGUCCCUUUCGGGGCCCACAGAGCCGGGCGAGGCGGAGGCGGGAAGGGGCCCAUGAGGGAGCUCUGCAGAGCGCCGUCUCACAGCAGCCGCGGAGGCGGCAGGUGUAGCUGCUGCUGCUGCUGUGAGGCGUCGCUGGCGUUCUCCGGCGCCCGCCUCUCUCCCCUCAUGGCGCCGUGAGGGAGCCCAAGGGUGGCCGCUGGAGGGGGAUGAGGGAGCGGAGCCGCCCCGCCGAUGGCCAAGAAGAAGAAGGAGGAGGAGGAGGAGAAGCGCCCGAGGGGACUCUUCGCCUCAGGGGGAGGCUCUGGCUUAAGGAGCCCACUCUCGCUGCUGCUGCCCUGCCUUGACAGGAGGAGAGCAGCCUUUCCUCUCCGCAAGGCGGCUGCCAUGCUCCUGGGGCUGCUCCUACUCCUCUGCCACCGCGUCCAGGCGGAGAAAGGUACUGGGCAACAGCAGAUAAGUGUUGCCCCCUCUUCAGAAUCUUUUACCAACCGGAGAGCUAUAUUAUCACCAACAUGGCCUUCUAGAGAACUUGAGUCUUCCUCAGUGGGUGACAUUUCAAUGAGGCAAGCCUUGGAGAAUGCCAAUUUGCUUCAGAUUAUAAAAAGUACAUUAGCAGGGACACGGACCAGAACUAUGGACCAAACUAGGGUUUUACCAAGUCUAUAUCAAGGCAGUGGCAACAGUGCAUCCCAGGAGCCUUCUGAAGUAUCAGCAGAAGCAUCAGUGAAGUCUCAAGAUGCUGGUGAAAUUACUAUUGUAUCAGGUUUGCCUCAAAUCAGUGUGUCCUCUGCAUUGUCCACAUCAUCAUCAGUGACAUAUCCAACUACUAGUGUGUCAUCUCAGAUAAUGCCAUAUGCAACAUCUUCCAUUUCAAGAGAAAUCUCACCAGGAUCAGACAUAAUCUCAACCACUCCAUCUUCAUCCCCUUUGCCAUUGGUAAAAGAGUCACCUCAUCUCAUUAUUGUUUCCAAGUUGACUGUGCCACCCACCAAAGUGCCUUUGUCCAAAAAUGUAGAGCAUUCAUUCACUAUAAACACAGCUAAUUUUCAUUUUAGCAGAGAGUCAGGUAAUUUACUGAGCACAGUAGCUCCUGAAAAUCCUAGCAGAACAAAAUAUGCAUUUUCCAGAAAGGGUGAUGCAUUUUCAGUUGGCACUUCUUUUAGCAAUAAGUUUGGAUUGAUUAAUGGAGAUCCUGCAACAUCAGCAGACAGACAGAUAGGCCCAAGAAACUGGAAACUGCAUUCUCCUACUUUCCAUGCAAUAAUACCCAAUCAGACUUCUCUUUUAUUAUCUCCUCAAAUACCACUGAAUGCUAGAAUACGGAAUAAUUCUUUCUUUGGAUUAAUUCAUAAAGCAUCUUCUACAACAGUGCGCACAAGUCAACCUGAUGUUGUGACAUCUCCGAAAGACCCUAACAUCUAUGUAAUUGGAUCACUCCCAGUUCUUAAAGGGAAGUCAAGAAUUCUGUGGAGUUCUACAUCAGUUUUCCCAUCUUCUUGGCUGAAAAUGACUACCAAGUUGCCUUCUCCAUCAUUGUCUAGUAAUACCAAAGAGAGACCUUCAUUAUCAACUUCUGAGACUCCAAGACUUUCCCAUUUAGUAACAGAUGUGUCUUCCUCAACUAGAGAUAUUUCAGAGGCAAUAAGCACCAGUAAUGCAGUAGCUCAAGCACCAGCACCUACAAAUAUACCAGUCUCCCAUGCAACAGAUAAAAUCAGUUCCUUCAAAGUGAGUACAGAAUGGAAUUUUAAUAGAACAGUAUACCAAAUACUAAAUGCUAAUUUAGUACCAAAUACUAAAGUUACUUUCAAGACUUAUGUAAUAAAUCCUCAUAUCACAGAAUCUACAAACCAGGUUUUCACAAAAGGCACUGCUGAUACAGCAUAUGAAACAGUUCCUCCUACAACUGUGAAACAUAUCUUAUGGCCUCCCACUUAUUCCUUGGUGAAAUCAGUACACCGUCGAUACAUCACAAAAGAUACAGCUCCAACAUUCACAAAUAUUGAUGUUAAUAGUGCCCCUCCUUAUCAGUCAGCACAGAAACAAACAACAAACUUUGCUGUAGAAAUUCCUGUUAGCAGGAGAGCACCAUGGAAAACAAGGUUUGAGAAGUUUUUCUCACAAGAAAGAAUCAGCUCCACUGCAUCUCCACUAUCUUUGGCAACUUCUUUUAGGGUCCCUUGGAAAUCUGACUCUGCUGCCAUAUUUAGACUUCUGCCCAACGAUUCUAGAAAUUUACAACUAACAGAGAGUCCAACUAGUAGCUUAAAAGAAGAAGAAGGGGGAAAUACAAAGAAGUUCACCACUCUCAUGUCAUACACAGAACAUUUAUCUCAUGCCCCUUUAAAUAAAUCUGAUUCUGAAAUACAUGAAACUUCAAAUAUAACCUACAAGACUACUAGUGUACCUUCAGACAUUGCUCUACUGACCCCAUUUACGCCUGUGAUAGAACAUUUGGAGGGUGUUGUGCCAUUUCCUGUAGAACCUUCUAGUGCUGCUUCAAAAGUUAUCCUAGACACUUCAAAUGGAGAUGAAACUGGUAAAAAGACAGCUUUAGUCUCUGAGUGGGACAUUGGGAACUGGCAGUUAUCUACCAGUGGUGCUGUGUCUUCUGGAAAAAGAACAACCCAAAUGUCCAACAUUGCAAAGGAUUAUGCAAACCAUACAGCUUUAAAAACAAUAUAUACAGAGGUUCCAGAUCUUCAGCAGCAAACACAUUAUACAAAUAAACAGAUGCCUUUUGCAACAUUAUCUAUUGAUACAUCUUUAACAUCAAUUCAGAAUGUUUCAGGUCCAACCUCCACUGGAAUUAUGUCUAAAAGCUUAACAGAACUUAACACAUACCCGUUUGCUGUAGAAGCAAAUUUUGAUCAGUAUUCAUCCUUUCCUCAAUACCAGAGUAAAUCCUCGCAGAGCACAGAAAUACCAUCACCGCAAUCAGAAAAGGAUACAAACUCACUAAGAAAUAUUCUGGAAUAUUUUUCUUUCAAAAAUAUUAAUUUCACUUCAAGCUAUGACAGAACAUCUCAUUUCUCAUUUAAGGAUUUCACAAUUAAUCACAGAACAACAUUGGCUAGCAUGGAGACAGUUUCCCCAACUCUGUCAGCCUAUUCUCAUUCCUUGCCUUUUGAUUCUUAUACCAAAUCCCAGACUGCAUUGAAACCUCAAACAACUAAUUUCAAACCCCUUUUUGCAUCUACAGAUGCUUUUUAUAAAAUGUCUUCAUCACCAUCAUUGACUUCUCAAUUUAUUGCUAAACUAACUGUUCCAGCAAGUAAGGAAAUUAGUGCCAUUAGUGAUAAAAAAGCAAAGUUCUCUCCCAUCCCAGUACAUGAUUUGCUAAGUUCAACACCAAUAUUAAAUGUGAUUGAAGAAUACAAAACUUCUGGAAAAACAAUACCAUUCAUAAAUAAUUUUGGUUCAGAAGUAAAUAAUAACUUGAGUAAACAAUCAACAUUAAGUACAGGAGGGUGGUAUACAAAAGGUACAAGUGAUACACUAGAUACAGUUAAAGUUACUAAUGAAACUACUAAGAUCACUGCAUUGCAAAUACAUGCCACUAAUCCAGCCAUCAUAACCUCUGUCCAUGCAUCACAAACACAACUAACUUCUUUGUUGCCAACAAUCAACUUUACUCAUUCUGUCAUUACAGUGUUACCGUCUGUGUCUCCUGGUGUAAUACCAUCUGUAACAACUUCAGAAGCAACACCAGUUACAGGAAAAUCAGCUCCAACAUCACCAAUGCUGACUUCAUCUUUGUUCUCACUGAGCACUGAAAAUUCGCCAUCUGUGAUGGCAUUAAGCACGUUAAUAUCAACACUAGCAAAAAAUAACACUGCCACAAAAAUGGCAUUGACUUUAAGCCCAAUAGUGACACAUUCAAUUUUUCCAAUUGUAUCAAGAGAUGAGUCUACAACACCUGUGCAUACCACUAGUUUAUCUCCAAUCCCCAAAUCUAGUACAGUUUCAGCUCCCACAACACAUACACCAAGACAGACUGAAACAACAAUACCUGACACCAGGAAAUCCACAAGCCCAGAGCUCACUAAAACAUCAACUGCAUACCCACUGACAAUUACAGCAGCUUUGACAUCUAUUACAGCAUCAGCGAAAACAACUAGACUUCUCCCUACACCUGCUGAAAAUACUUCUGCUGCUACUCCUACUACACCAGUGUCAACUGCAGCUCUUGUAAAUGUGACAACAGUUCUUCCUUUGGAAUGCAAGCUCUCCAGAAACCUUCUUGUUAAGACAGUUUUGUUUCUGAAUACAAGAAGAAUGCUGCUGAAUGACUCCUUAAAACAGAAUGUCACAAAAGGUCUCACACAGGCAUUGCAGCAGGCUUUCAACCAAAAUGUCAAUGCUCAAAUUGAAAUUCUGGAACAAUCAAACAAUGUGACAGUUGGUUACUAUGUAACUCAAGAGAGACUGGUUUUCAUACCUGCUGUGGUUAUAGAAAUGCUAAUUGCUUAUGGUGUUAGUAAUGCCACUUCGGAUAUUAAGCAGCAUGUGCCAAAUCUUCAUUCUAUUGCUGUCUUAGCCUUGCCCUGGGACCCAGUGCCAGCUUACCACUUCCAGCUGAAAACAGAACUGCAGUUUAUGGGUCAGUCAGACAACAUACAGUCAUGCAGAUUUGUUCAGACCAUGGAACAAAGAUUGCAGAAGGCCUUUCAGGAUGCUGAGAGAAAACUCUCAAAUGCCAGUAGCAGGUUAACUGUUCAGAUCCUGAACACAUCAAAUGUUUCUCAAGCUGUCACUCUGUUUUAUGUGGUGAGAAAUGAAAGUACAGUCUUAAAUGGCACUGAGUCAAGCAACCUUCUUAAUCAUCUUUCUGCAGAACUGGUGGGUUUUUAUCUCACUUACCCACCUCUAACGAUUGCUGAAGCUUUGGAAUAUCCAAAUCUUGAUACUUCAGAAGCAACUAGAGACUACUGGGUGAUUACAGUUAUACAAGGAGUUGACGUCACAUUGAUGGGGGUGAAUAAUCAGAGUUUUGCAAGAUUAAUGGAGCAGCGUUUAGCACCACUAUUCAUGAUGUCCCAUCAGCAAGGAAGACGAUUUAAACGAGCUACUACAGUUGGUAGUUACACUGUCCAGAUGGUGAAAAUGCAGCGAAUUCCAGGUCCCAAGGAUCCUGCUGAAUUGACUUACUAUACUUUAUACAAUGGGAAACCUCUGCUGGGCACAACAGCUGCCAAACUUUUGAGCACCGUUGAUUCACAAAGGAUGGCAUUGACACUGGGAUAUGUUGUUCAAGUACAAGCUGACCCUGUGGUGAAAAAUCCACCCAACAACCUGUGGAUCAUUGCAGCAGUGUUGGCUCCCAUAGCAGUUGUUACGGUCAUCAUCCUCAUUAUUACGGCUGUUCUGUGCAGGAAGAACAAAAGUGACUUCAAGGGGGACACAAUGAUGAACUUGCCACAGAGAGCCAAACCUGUCCAGGGCUUUGACUAUGCCAAGCAACAUUUAGGCCAACAGGGAGCAGAAGAUGAAGUUUUGCCUGUUACCCAGGAGACUGUAGUACUUCCACUUCCUGUGAGAGAUGCUCCUACUUCACAGGAGAGGGAGAUUACUCAGGAUGGAAGCAUGGCUAAAACUGCCAAGUCCAAUGACACAAGGAAGAGCAGGUCGCCUAGUGAGAACGGUUCUGUCAUCAGCAACGAAUCAGGAAAGCCCAAUUCAGGCAGAGGCUCUCCACAGAAAGUAAUGGCACAGCAGAAAGUGACAAAAGAGGAGGGAAGGAAGAGGAAUGGUUUUAAAUCAUCAAAGAAAAUCGUGCCCAUUAGUGAUGAAGAGGAGGGAGUCAUGCUCUUUGAUAAUGUUGCAAAGUCUGCAAUUGAUCCUUUUGACACAUCAUCUGGAUCUGUACAACUGAUUGCCAUAAAGCCGGUAGCAUUGCCUCCUGCGCACCCAGUUUCAGACAGGAGCCAGGAAACUGCUGUCCUUAAUGGGGAGAUUAACAAAGCCUUGAAGCAGAAGUCGGAUAUAGAGCACUAUCGCAACAAAUUGCGCCUGAAAGCUAAGCGGAAAGGUUAUUAUGAUUUCCCAUCAGUUGAUAACAACAAGGGCUUGACAGACAGAAAGAAGAUAUAUGAAAAAGCACAAAAUGAAAUAGAUCACAUUUUGGAUCCUGAUACAGAUGGAUCCUCUCCAUUCAUAGAACCCAGAAACAGGCAACAGAUGAAGAACUCUGUAUAUCGAAGCAGGCAAUCUUUAAAUAGUCCUAGUCCAGGAGAAACUGAAAUGGAUCUUCUAGUUACACGAGAGAGACAAAGACGUGGUAUUCGCAACAGUGGCUAUGAUACUGAACCUGAAAUGAUAGAAGAAACAAAUGUUGACCGUGUCAAUGAACCCCAGAAUUAUACCAGAGCCCAUCAAGCAAAAGGCCAUUCAGAGACAUCAACACUGAGUUCGCAGCCAUCCAUUGAUGAAGUUAGACAACAGAUGCAUAUGUUAUUGGAAGAAGCCUUUAGUUUGGCCUCAGCAGGCCAUGGAGGACAGAGCAGACAACAAGAUGCUUACAGUUCUACACAGCAUUUGCCAUACUCUGAAGUUGUGACCAGCGCUCCUGGUACCAUGUCUCGGCCCCGAGGGGGAAUUCAGUGGGUGCCAACAUAUAGACCAGAAGUAUAUCAGUACAGUUUACCAAGACCUGCAUAUAGGUUUUCUCCACUCCCUGAAAUGGUGAUGGGGUCUCCACCUCCACCUGUGCCUCCCAGAACAGGACCUGUUGCUGUCACCUCUCUUAGGAGGUCGACUUCCGAUAUUGGCAGCAAGACAAGAAUAUCAGAGUCCAGUGGGACUGAACAGAUACAGCCGCAUGAUCAUGCCCCUUUUGUCCCAGUAUCAAGAGCCCCAGUAUCUGUGGCUCCAUUGGAUCAAUCAGCUUUGAAUUACUCAGGAAGUACAGUUCCAGCAGUGUUUGCCAUCCCAGCAACAAAGCGACCUGGGUUUACAGGCUAUUUCAUCCCAGCACCACCAACAGCAUAUAGGAACCAGGCCUGGAUGUCCUAUGCUGGAGAAAAUGAAUUACCAGGACAGUGGGCUGACUCGGUCCCACUGCCUGGCUACAUAGAAGCUUAUUCACGGCCCUGCUAUCAGCACAACUCUCCUUCUAGGAUUCCUCGACAUUACAGCCAACCGGGAAAUAUGCAUCACAAUUUGGAACAAGGCUCGCUGUCCACCACUGUUGCUUCUCAACAGAGCCUGACAGAAAGUGACCCUUCAGAUAAUCCUCUCACCAACAUUUCCACCGCUGCUCUGGUGAAGGCAAUAAGAGAAGAAGUAGCUAAGUUAGCAAAGAAGCAAACAGAUAUGUUUGAGUUUCAGGUGUGAUGGCUUCAUGGCGCUAGAAGUUUGCUGCAUAUCACAAACAAGCAUAUAGCUUGUGAAUCAGACUUACGGUGGCUUGUGCCAACACAAUACCAUAUUUUUCCUGUUCUGAAACAGUCAACAUUGGAUUUGUUAUUUUUUAAAUGAGUAAAUAGAACAGUCAUUUUGAAGAUCAGCUUUCUGCCUGUUAAGACAGGUAUUCCCUGGUAACUUUGUUAAACACUGAUGUAAUAUUUUGAUCAUAUGCAAUUGUCUGUCACAUACCUCUUGAUCCGCGAAGCGUCUGUCAUGGGAACCAUUACUUAAACCAUAUGCCUGUUUAAUGUUCCAGUAUAUUAAGAGCUUGGAAAGCACAAAUAUAAAAUUACUCUCUUGCAAUAUGUGCAUGUAAAAACAAAAUUUUGUCUUUCUAGAUCAAGAACAACAAUACUGUAAUAAUAAUUUUAUGACAAUUGAGGGCCAGGACUUUAUAUCUUAGUGACCUAGUUGAUACAUUUCAGAACAGUAUCACAAGACUGACUGCAACAAAGCAAUAGAGUUCAGUUUUGCCUAGAAACGACAAUUGAAUGAUAAGAACUGAUGGGAACGCACCAUGUAGAGUCCUUUGUAAAUAUCCCCAAACCCAUCAUCUUUGUUCAUAGCCCCAGAAUGAGAAAAGGAAGUGAGCUGUGAAGAGGAAUACUAGCAUAAUUGGUGUCUAAAGAGCUGGGGUAAUGUUACUGUUGAGUUACACAGAAAUGUUUUCAAUGUGAUGUUUCCUUUCUCUGUGGAUUGGGAAAGAAAACUGACAAAGUAAAUAGGUGUUAAAAGCUCCUUGGAACCUCUCAGUGAAAACUAAUUCUUUAGAGUGUGUCCUAUAUUCAAAAGGGUUUUCAUUCUGAACACAUAAUGAUAGUGGUAAAUUUGAGAACCUUGAGUCUGUUCAGAAUAAUGAAUACACCUGCUUUUACAAGAAAACCUCUGUUUGACAUACAGUUAUAUCUCUUUCCCUUCAUAAACAAUGGUUGCUAGUGAAAGGAUGCCAAAAACAGCUGACCAGAGCCAUCACUGACUUUGAUCAUGCUGAAGCACGGAUUCUUAAGUAUUCAAAAUGUUAUUGCAGUUUGAUUACAACCUGUUGGUUAUAUUAAAGUGUAAAUUAGUAAACAAGUCUGUGGCUGGAACAGGAUAAUUUUCUGUAAAUGGUGGUUGGGAUCUGAUAUUUUGCCUAAUCCAGAUUCUGAUAGAUAAAUGUAAGUUAUUGUUCUAUUGCAAUAUCAUGAAAAAUACAUCCUCUCCUUUGAAACCAUGAUGGGAGAACAUGACUCUAUUCUGACUUAACUUUGGCAGCUGGGAGAAAUGGUGGAAUGUUGCAGAACAAAAGAUUUUAGACUUGAAUUUAUAGGUUUCAGUACAACUGAUAGUCCCAUUUACAACAAGCCCAUUGAAUCAAUUAUUUAAUAAUAAUUCAACACUUACAUAAAGCCCAUUGAUUCAACAGGUUUUCUUUAGUUAGGACUAGCAAUCACAUUUAUGCCAUAACAUAAUUCGAGGAUGAAUUUAGAUUGUUUGUGGUAUAGCCUAUUGGGUACAUUGAUAUCUGUUGCAUUAAAACAUGCCCUUUGGCUCCCCCCCCCCCCCCCCCCGAUCCAAUCUUUUAAUAUCUUCUGAUUAGGUUAAUUUCCUUUUUUGAAUGAGUUUCUUUGGUCUCUCCUACUGCAAUUAAGUAAAGAAUAUUUUGCAUAGCCAUACACACACAUAGACAGCUACCCAAGAAAGAGAAAAUAGACCAGGAGAGUUAAAAUUAUGAAAGUUAUAAUUUUAAGCGAAGUUAUCUUAAAAGAAAAUGGGAAAAAAACUACUUCCAAUCUGCUACUUAACGUUCAUGCUAUACAGCAAGAUCUCACAUAAUUCUUAAUAAUUGUAAAACCUUUUGGUG